UGACAGCGUAAUUUCUCUUUGGUUUUUGCAGGACGUGAAUUCGGUGCUUUCUUCACGUUAUUAACAAAUUAGUGUGAAGUUCCUGAGUUAUAAAAUGAUUUUGUGUUGAGAAUUUAGAUGCGAACUGAAUGUAGCACCUUGGACAUGCAAUGAAAGUUAUUUUGUUUACAAAUUUCUUUAGGUGCAUUACGACACCCAAGUGCUCACUUGUGAGCCCUAAGAGUAUGAUUGAAAUGAAGUAAAUGUAUGCAAUAACUUCUCAACAAAAUGGGAGACAUGAGUUUGAAAUGCCCACUCUGCUGCAAUCAGACUUUUGAUUCAAAAUUGUCACUUGUAGAGCAUUUGGCGAAUAUAUUAUCUAAUCUAACUUGUCCUAUUUGCGAGAAUAGGUGGUCAUCGUUGGCCCAUCUUAUAGAACAUUUGAAUCUUGACGAUUGCCAAAGUCAAGCCAUCCACAUAAAAACUAUAGAUGAGUCUGAAGAGGAUUCAGUAAUAAAUCCCGCACCUCCUUCAAAUCCAAGUGAGAAUGACAGUGAAAUUCGAAUCGAAAAUGUAACCACUGUUGAAACUGUUAAUGAAAGUGUGGAGAAUGAAAACUUUGUGAGUAGCAUACCAACUGAGAAUAGUCACAUAGAAAUAAAGCUUACUACUGACGGUCUAAAUGAUGGGAAAAUGUAUGUGGAGUAUGUGAACCAUGAUAAGUUGAACUCAUGCUUGCAAACCCAAGAGCUGAAACUGUUGACGGAGGAUGGUGAGAUGGAACAGUUUGUGGUGAUGUCACCGAACAGUGGCGAACUCAGUUUGGGGGGUGCCAUUGUCACGAAACAGAAUGAAGAUGGAACCAUCUCCCUAACUACAGUUAAAGAUACAAAAGAGUCUGAAACUGUGAUCACACCGGCUGAAGUGGAAUUGGAAGACACUCCGGAGCUGUACAGCUGCAACACGUGUGGGGUUUCGUUCUCCUCUGUCGCCGAACACAUUCAAAACUAUCACAAUGAUCAAGAAGUGGUGGUUGAGGAACCCAUGGAGGAUGAUUCCAGUGCAGUGGUUGAAACACUGCAGUAUGACACUCUGACCAGUGAAGUAGUGACACCUCCCAAGCCCAAGACAAGGCAGAUUAUCACUGAAAAUGGUGAUAUAGUGGAUGCACCCUUUAUAAUUGAUAACCCUCCUGAAACUGAGGAGUUUAUAGUUCCAAAUGUGGUUGAGAAACCCAAAGCGAAAGGGAAAAAGUUUGUACAAAUUGAUAAAUUCUGUGAUAGUCUUGUAAAGAAUAUUUACCAGAUUAAUGAAAAGGAUGGCACCUACCACAAAGUGAUUAUGAACGAAUCAAAAGCACCCGAUGGCACCAAACUUAAAACAUACUGGUGUUUGUCUUGUGAGAUCAGUGUCAGUAAUUUAGACGAUUUUAAACUGCACCCUUGUAAAGUUUUAAAAUAUCAAUGUGUAUAUUGUUCUGUUGCUUAUUCCAAUUCUAAAUCAUUGUGUGCUCACAUGAAGGUACACAAGGUGAGACCAGAUGGAAUGAGUAUCGAUUUACCGCGCCAAGACAUACCCACGCGCUAUGAAUGUGAGAUCUGCAAUACAGCCUUUCAAUCAAAUAAAUCGUUGAAAUUGCACAAGAGAAUGCACGAUCCUGUCAAGGCUCGCCAAAUAGAACCGCCAGUGGAGAACGCCGACGGCACAGAGACCAGUAACUGUAGCUACAAGUGUCCGAUCUGCGAGAAGAUGAUUCCGAUGGACUACCUGGCCAUACACCAGGAGUCGCACAAGUCGAACGAGCUCAACUGCCAUAUAUGCAACAAGAAGUUCUACUCGACAGAAUACCUGCAGAUGCAUAUGACUGUCCACAAUAUGGAUAAGAUAACAGUGAACAAAUCAGACAAACUGCUUCCGUAUAGCUGUUCCUACUGUAACAGACGGUUCGUGAGGCCGCACGAAAAGGUCAAACAUGAACGAAUACAUACAGGUGAGAAACCCCACUCGUGCGAGAUUUGCGGCAAGUCGUUCCGUGUGUCGUACUGCCUCACGCUACACAUGCGAACGCACACCGGCGCGCGCCCGUAUACGUGCCCGCACUGUGGGAAGAGGUUCAAAGCGCACAGUGUAUACAACCACCACCUGCUCACGCACUCAGAAGUCCGCGCGUACAAGUGUCCCUACUGCCCGAAGGCGUUCAAGACGUCCGUACAAUUGGCCGGCCACAAGAACUCGCAUACCAAACCCUUCUCUUGCCCACACUGUAAUAGGCCGUUCGCAUCUCUCUACGCUGUCCGCGUGCAUUCGGAGACGCACGCUCGCCAGAACAACCUGAAGUUCUCGUGUUCGCUGUGCGGCGCGAGCUACGCGCGGGCCUUCGCGCUCAAGGACCACGUCAAGCAGGUUCAUCAACAGGACGUCGAUGCCAUGGACCUGCCUGUGGUGAAUAUAGCGAAGAUUAAUAAAGACGACUGGCCGUUGAAAGAAAGCGAUGGCGAUGUUGAGACCAUAACCCUCACUCACAAAGAUUUGUCGCAAGAGAUAUGUGAAUUAGAAAUGUCUUCCAGCGAAUUAAUUGAUCCUAUUAAGGUAACAAAUUAAUAAUUAAAGGUAAUUUUAAUGUACAGACGUCGGCAACAUGAAAUCAAACACGGGCAUCUUUUAUAGUUGUAAUAAAGGUUAUUUUAUAAUAACUAAUUAAGUUCAUUAGUAUUAUGAUGUGCUUCCGACUGUAUUUUACCGAAAAAUUCAGUUAUUGCCUCUAAUGUAUUUUGUUAUAGUCCAUUGUUUAAAUCUCAUUGUUAUCGAAUUAUCAUAUCAUAACAAAUAUUUUUUCGCAAAAAAAUAUAGUCUAUAUGCACCGCAAUAAAACAGUGUCUUCAUCACACGCCGUUAUUUAAGCGUACAUUUAAAUAAAUAAAUAAAAAAUAGGAGUAGGCUGUUAUUAUAAAUUCAUCAAGACAGUUGAUUUUAUUUUUAUAGACAUAUUUGCUAUGAAGUUGAACUAUUAUAUUGGUACUUGUGUAAAUGCAGUGAUUUUAAAUAUUGUUUAUAAUAUAAUGUAAAUAUGACAUAAUUGUACAAAUAAUCAAGGUGAUAUUUGUUUCUAGCAAAAUAUAAUAUGCAGCAAAACCUUAUCAACCUCUAAUAAAACAAUUUGUUAAAUAUUUAACAAUAAUUCUUCUAUUAGUUGUUAUGAAUGAAACAGAAAAAACAGUCCAUCAUUAUGUAUUAAUAAGUUAGGUAGUAAAAUACCUAGUUCUUUUCUAGCAAAUUCUAUGUUGAACUGUUUUAGUCAAAAUACCCUAUUUGUUUCUACAAUAUAAAGAAUUAUAUUGUUUCUAAUGAAUCAACUUGCAAUAUAUAAAAGUGUUUAUCCAAUAAGCGGAUACUGACUAUACACAGUGGAUUUUUGAGACGGGCAUUAAGGGCAGGUUACCCUUACUUAUAAAAGAAAUCAUUAAAAUAUUAUUACUUACAAAACAACGUGUUUAGAAGUUUUCUAAUGGUUUAAUUUUCGAACUGUAUAAAUAUUGUGAGAAUAUAAUAAUAGCAAACUGAAUUUUAAUGCUCUCUAGAUUCUAUUUUGAGAUGAGAUCAUUCAAAUAUCAAGAAUCCACUGUGUUACUAAAUAAUUGUUAAUUGAUUUCAAAAUGUUGUGGGAUGGGAUUUUCAUGUUAGUUAUCUACCUAGCAUUAACUUUAAGCAUUUCUGUUUGUCACAACAAUAGGUUCGUUCUGCGUCCUUCGUGAAUUCUAUUGUGUCGGGAUAAAAUAAAUGUCUGGCCCUUUGUAUGAUAAAUAUGAAAUAUGUAUUUAAGAAGUUCUCUUAAUUCAAAACACUAGUUUUUCAAUGAUUUACAAGGCCUACUGAAUUACAUACAAAGAUGCAUUGCGGAGCAAAAAAAUUAACGAAAAGUAAAUAUCUCAAUAAAUUAAUUGUCAUAUCGUAUUCGGUAUAUUACAUUUAUUCUAUACCCUUUAUAUUUACUCCUUAAGCAACUAAAACAUUAUAGUAUAAUUACAGUUUUAUCAACACGAGGCAGCGAUUGACAAACAUUUUAAUAAUUAAAACUUUUAUUGACACUUCUGAAUGCGUGUACAUAGGUCUUAAAUAUACAUGCAUGAAUGUAUUUGGUUAUUUAGGGUGUAAUUUUUGUAGGUUUAAUUUUAUUUAGGCGGUUAAAUAAAAAUAUUUACUUAACAAAAAACAAUCGUUCCUUUUAACUUAAACUCUUGUAUCUAAUGUUGCUGUAAUAGUGGUUAUUUUGCAACAAGAAUACUGCUGUCGAUUAAUGAAUAUUUAGGCCUAUUUUUGCUCUAGUCACCAUUGCAAAUUUUAAACUGUUUUUUACUAACUAUAUCAUAUGUGUAUAUUUUACUAAAAAUGGUGAAUAAUGUGCAAGCAUUUAAAAUGUAAUGUAAAAUACCUAUUAAGAAUAUGAAAAUCAGAACGAAAAACAGUGUUUCGAAUAAUCAUGAAAUCUUUAGGCGUGUAU